AUGGAUCAAGUCCAGCACGACGACGCUGCACUGAUCGAUAAUGUGCUUAGACUGGCGUUACAAGUCCAAGAGCGGCCUGUGUCGAGCCUUUUGCCCUACUACGAUCGGAUUGAGCGCUUAUUCUAUACCACAGACCAACUCCGCCGCUCGGUUACUAGAGCCACCUUCCCUGCCACCCUCAAAACGCCACGCUCGCGAGUGAUUAACGCACGAUCUGUACUACUAGCUGCUUGUGCGACUGCUCCAUCCCUGACGCAGAUGAUUCGGCAACACUUCAGGAUCGAGGGGCACGAAUGGUAUAGGUCGUCCGGCGAUCUACAUUCCGUGCAUCUCCAGCACAUCCUGGCCUUCCAAAAAUUGAAGAGUCCGGAUCGCGUCGAUACUAGGGAUCGCCUCCUACUCAUCUGUUCUUCUCACUCUUUAGCCAUGGACUUCGAUACGUACGAGCGUAGUCAGGGCUUCCAAUCUAAGCAUCAAGAGCUGUUGGAUCGUCUUCUGAACUCGCAAGAUCUUGCUAUCCAACAACAAAGUCGAAACCAUCGAGACUUUCUUGCAACUCUUGCCGGAGUAGAGUUGGAGAAUGACAAGUUUGAUGCCGGAUUGCGACUUGGCUCCAAAUUAAGGCUGAUUCAAGCCUGUGGCAUAACUACUGGCGUUGGUCCUGCACUCGAGAUCUUGCUGGGCUUCGAGUGCCAGAAGUUAAGCAGGCUGCCAUAUCGAGAAUUGCCGACCCUCUUGAAUCUACUGCGGGACGAGAUUCCCCGGGCGAUUGCAGAGUUUUGCAGCGAAUUCAACUCUUGGUGGACAAGCGUCUCUGACCAUUAUCAUAUUCUCUACACCCAGCAGCCAGCAUACAUCGCAGGUGUAACACCGACCAAUAGCUUCGUCGAGCACAGCACAUCACAAGACACGCUUGCAUCGAGACAGGAGUUGAUAUGUACUGGGACCUACCAACAACGUCGACAGCGGCAAACRAUCAAAUUUUCGUAG